GAUUCAACGCUGUUAGAUUUCUCAGCUUACGUUUCCUUCAUCGGACUUUCAAUCUCAUCGUUUCACCACCUGCUACCAGACUGCAGCUAGCAUCAUGAAGUUUCCGGUGGUAAUUACUGUAGUUUUGGCAUCGUUAGCGCUAACUAUCGACGCUACGGUUUACUUCAAGGAACAGUUUCUGGAUGGAGAUGGAUGGAAGAGCCGUUGGGUCGAGUCGAAACAUAAAUCAGAUUAUGGACAGUGGAAACUGAGUGCUGGAAACUUUUAUGGGGAUGCUGAAGCUGAUAAAGGUAUCCGGACCAGCCAGGAUGCCCACUUUUAUGCCCUGUCAGCCCACUUUGAGCCAUUUAGCAAUGAGGGAAAGCCCCUGGUCAUCCAGUUCACUGUCAAGCAUGAGCAGAAGAUAGACUGUGGAGGUGGUUACGUCAAGCUCUUCCCCGAUGAGCUUGACCAGAGUGACAUGCAUGGAGACUCCCAGUAUUACAUCAUGUUUGGGCCUGACAUUUGUGGAUACAGCACAAAAAAGGUUCAUGUGAUAAUUAACUACAAGGGUCAGAACCAUCUUAUCAAGAAAGACAUCAAAUGCAAGGAUGAUGAGCUGACCCACUUGUACACACUGAUUGUGAAUCCAGACCAGACAUAUGAGGUGAAGAUCGACAAUGAGAAGGUAGAGUCUGGCUCCUUUGAGGACGACUGGGACAUGCUGCCCUUAAAGAAGAUCAAGGACCCUGAAGCUAAGAAGCCAAGCGACUGGGAUGACAGGGCUAAGAUUGACGAUCCCAGUGACACAAAGCCUGAAGACUGGGACAAGCCAGAGACGAUCCCUGACCCUGAUGCCAAGAAGCCUGAUGACUGGGACGAGGACAUGGAUGGAGAGUGGGAGCCCCCCAUGAUCGCCAAUCCAGAGUAUAAAGGGGAAUGGAAACCCAAACAAAUUGACAACCCUGACUACAAGGGAACAUGGGUCCACCCUGAGAUAGACAACCCAGAGUACACUCAGGAUGCUACUAUGUAUAAAUUUAACAACAUUGGAGUCCUGGGCCUGGAUCUGUGGCAGGUCAAAUCUGGAACCAUUUUUGACAACUUUCUGAUUACCGACGAUGUGAAAGAGGCAGAGGAAUUUGGAAAGGAAACCUGGGGAAAAACCAAGGGACCAGAGAAGAAAAUGAAGGAUGAGCAGGAAGAUAUGGAAAGGAAACUGAGGGAGGAAGAGGAGAAGGAGAAGAACAAGGAGGACGCUGAAGGUGAUGAUGAGGAUGACAAAGAGGAUGAUGAGAACUCAGAUGAUGAUGCUGGGAUAGAAGAGGACAAUAAUGGCAAACCAAAGGACGAGUUGUAACGGUGUGAGGUGUGUGUGUGUGUGUGUGUGUGUGUGUUCCUCAGGUUCAAAUGACAGACACAGAAAAUGGGCUGAUGCCAUCUGGACUGUAGCUUUUCAUAUAGCAGCCUUUUAUUCCGGUGGGAUGUUUGAGGGAUGGGAUUUUUUUCUUGAUUCCCAUGCAUUUUUCUCUCCAAACCAUCAAAUAGGAGAAGGGUUUGUUUAUGCUUGUGUUUGGUAUAUACGUGGAUUUUCUGAUUUAAUGUGAUUUUUUUCUUUUCUUUUUUUCCCCUUUGGAAAUCCCAUAACUUGAGCGUCUGUGAUGUCUGGUUGUGCACUUUGAUCUCUAUCAUACCAUGAUGCACUGUUUGUUUUCUGAGGUGAUCCUUUCGUAAAUUAUUCAAAUAUUAUAUUUGUUUGUGGACAUGACAGUUCACAACGUUUUUGAGUUUGUUCAUAAGUCCUCUGUGUGAUAUGUGUGUGCGUGUG